AUGUCGAACUAUUAUACUCAUAGCAUCACAGCUGCACCAUCUCAUCAACAAGUCUCUCGAGAAGAAACCGCAAAUCAUCAUCAGUCUGUUCAAUCUCCACCAGAGGGGGAGACGAUUCAUCGUUCACCUCGUUUAGUUCGUUUGACAGGGUUUCCAGAACAAGAGGUUCUAGAUCGCUUCUCCAGUAUCACAAAUACGACAGCUUCACAUGCUCCAGAAAGCACUCUGGCACCAUUGAACUCGAUUCCUACUACUAUGUCCACCACCUUUUUAUCCAGCCUGGGAGCGGCAGCCAAUCCCCGUCAUCUUCUAAGCGGCAGGAAUCGCUCUCCCCCUCCAGCUGGACAAGACACUGGGGUAACAUAUACACCAACAAGCGGCGCGAAUCAUUCCUCCCUUCCAGCUGGACGAGACGCUUCGUUACCACACACACCAACAAGCGCUGGACCAAAUCAUUCUUCCCGCUCAACGGCUUGGGACAAUCCGGUAGCUCAUGCAAUAGAUAGUCGAUUGCCGCAUCCUAACUAUCCCCCUCAAAGUGCUCCAGAUAACUCCAUGUCGGGACAUGCACUAGCUGGUGGCAGAUCAGACUAUCCCUCCCGCCCAGCGGGUUCAGCAACCCCCCUAGCAUAUGCAUCAAAUAAUGAAUCGCAAUAUCCUCAGAAUGCUACCCAAGGUGUUUCUGAGAACCGCACAUCGCACGAUACAAACCGUGCCUAUCAAGGUGUCCCAGAUGAUCGCGUGUCACGUCGUACAAGCUAUACUCCCCAAGAUGCUUCAGACAAUCGCACCCCGCAUCACACAAAUCCCCAAGGCCAAUACUCUGCAGUCGAACCGUCUAGCUCGUACAAUGUAGCACAACGUUGGGACUCAAGCACUCGUGCAUCUGCCUACCAAGAACCCUAUCGUCCUUAUUCAAACAAUGGACCACAUUAUCCUGGACAGUAUCAGGAACCUGUUCAAGAUGGCAGAUCUAUGCCAGCAGGAUACGAUGCACCUCCCCACCAUUCUUUCGGUGACGGUAGAGGCUAUUCGCAACAAGCUCCUCCUCCUUCAUAUCGUCACCAUUCUUAUCAGGAUAGUAGAGGCUACCCACAGCAACAACAACAACCCCCUCCUGUAACUCGCCACCAUUCUUAUAAUGAUGAGAGAGGCUAUUCGCAACAGCAACACCCUGCACCAUCUCAUCAUUCUUAUCAAGAUAGUCGAGGUUAUCCACAACAGCAACACCCUCCUACACCUUCUCACCAUUCUAAUCAAGAUAGUCGAGGUUAUCCACAACAGCAACCCCCUCAUCCAGCUCACUAUCCUUAUCAUGACGGGAGAAGCUAUCCGCAAGAUCAACCUCCUACUGCACAGCCACCUCUAAGGCAGAGUGCUCCUAGACAAAGAACUGCAAUCGCAUGCAAAUAUUGCAGGAGGCGCAAGAUUCGUUGCUCGGGUUUUAAUGCUGAUGGCUCCGGAGGCCAAUGUACUAACUGUUCUCGCUUCAAACAGGAAUGUGUUUUCACUCCCGUGUCCUCAGCACAGGCAUUUGUACCUCUUAUUGCCCUGACUGAGGCGCUUAAUGGUAGAGAGACUCAUCCAAAUAUUUUUGGUGCUUACGGCCAACCUCUUCCAGGUGACCCCGUUAAUCAGAAUCGUACAGAACCGUACCAAGGAUAUCAUCCACAACAAGCCGCACCCGGGCCACAAAUGCCAUACAAUCAUCAACAAAUGCCACAGCAAGCGGCUAAUUAUCCUCCACAAAACUUGGCCCAAUAUGCGCCCCAACAUGUGCAACAGCCAAUUACCCAAACAUAUCUCCCACCUAUGAACAGAUCACCUCAUGAUCGGGAUACCUUACCUUCUCCGACAGGCGCAGUACCCCAACAACCACCUCCAACACAUCUCCCUUCUUUGUCGAACAGAUCACCAUAUGAUCAGGGUGCUACUUUACCCUCUCCGACAGGCUCAUUGGAUUCUCAAAAGCGUAAGCGUGAGGCAGAUGAGCGUCACUUUGCCAGAGCGGCGCCAUCUGCCCCUAGUCAUUUCUCCGGAUACAACAGAGACGGCAAUGCUCCGUACCGUGUACAAGGCCUUGAAGAACAAUACCAGCAUCAUGCCUCCGGUCCAUCCCCUCCUACUCGCCAACAUGGAUAUCAACAAGGAGAGAAUGCUACACCCCGCCUCCCAGCAUUGCAAGAUGGACAACAAUAUCGUUCAUUGAUUCCAUCACCUCCUUCCAACCAACAGGGAGAGAACGCUCUAGCGCACCGACCUAUGGAAAGUGGUCGACAAUCCACCCAAUGGGCCUCGGUAAACUCGAAUGAAGCACCACGAAAUGACCCCUCUCCUAAUGGUUCAUCGCCAUCGUUUCAUUCCCAGAAUCUAAGCGGCAAUCAACAACCUAGUCAGGUAUCUCCUCAUCGAGCCGAGUCUUCUCAAUUUCCACUAGCAUCACCUGCUAGAACAAAUUCUGGAGGUGGAAGUCAUGAUCAAGUGGCAAGAGCAACUGGACGUCCUAAUCAGAUGAACAUCGCAAAUAUCGUGCAACGCGAUGACGAAGAUGUUGACCGAAAUAUGCUCAGACGUUUGGGCAGGAAUAGAUCUUAA